CUUCUACUUCUAGUACAGCCAAAUUAUUUUAGCUCUUAGCUCCAAGCUUCUCAUUGGAAAUAGGUACCUCUCAUUGAAAUAUUUACCUAAGCUGUCAAUGUACAUAUACCACUUAUACCCAGCUGCAAAUUCGCAAUAUCCCGUCUUCCAUUCGCCCCUCCAAUAUUCAAAUGCCCCGCACUCUUCUCACGCGACUAUCAAGUCCACUGACGCAUCUGAGAACCUUGGCAUCGUCUUCAUAUAUAAGACAAAUAAGACAUAUAAGACCGGCUGUUCCCUCCUCGCUUACUUUCAACUAUCCUGUAACAAGAACAUACCUGACCUCCGCCCUUCGAGCUCACCAAUCCCGCAAGAUGGCGCCCCAAAUCGACGGCUUCUUUUCUCAGGUCGACUCCCUGUCGUCCCACUUCAUCGAGCGUCUCAGCAAAGCCGUCGCUAUCCCUUCUGUCUCCUCGGAGGCUGCCCGCCGGCCUGAUGUCGUCCGCAUGGCACACUUCCUAGCCGACGAGCUCAAGACGCUAGGUGCCAGUGUCGAACUCCGGCCCCUCGGAAAGCAGCCCGACAACCCGGCGCUCGACCUUCCCCCCGUAAUCCUCGCUCGGUACGGGAGCGAUAAGAACAAGCGCACUAUCCUCGUCUAUGGACAUUACGAUGUGCAGCCAGCUGAGAAGAGUGACGGUUGGGCCACCGAGCCCUUCACUCUUAGCGUCGGCGAGGACGGCCGCAUGUUCGGACGUGGUAGCACGGACGACAAGGGCCCGGUCCUGGGCUGGCUGAACGCCAUCGAAGCACACCAGAAGGCCGGCGUAGAUUUCCCCGUUAACCUACUUAUGUGCUUCGAGGGCAUGGAGGAGUACGGAUCUGAGGGUCUAGAGGAGCUUAUCCAGAAGGAGGGCAAGGGCUACUUCGCCGAUGCCGACGCUGUCUGCAUCAGCGAUAACUACUGGCUGGGUACCGAGAAGCCGUGCUUAACGUACGGUCUACGGGGUUGCAACUACUACGGCAUAGAGAUCUCGGGUCCCGGUGCGGACCUACACAGCGGAGUGUUCGGCGGCACUGCACAAGAGCCUAUGACAGACCUGGUGCGCGUACUGGCUAGCCUAGUGGACACGCACGGCAAGAUCCUGAUCCCGGGUAUUAUGGACCAGGUAGCUCCCGUCACGAAGGAAGAGGAAACGCUGUACGAUGGUAUCUCGUUCACGAUGGAAACGUUACAAGAGUCUCUAGGUUCCAAGACGACUAUCUUCGAGGACACCAAGUCGACCCUGAUGGCGCGGUGGCGAUACCCAUCGCUUUCGAUUCACGGCGUUGAGGGCGCAUUCUCGGCUCCGGGAGCCAAGACGGUGAUCCCCGCCAAGGUUAUCGGCAAGUUCUCCAUCCGUAUCGUGCCCAACAUGGAGAUCGAGAAGGUGAACGAGUUAGUAGACAAGCACGUCAAGGAUACAUUCGCAAAGCUCGGCAGCAAGAACAGCCUCAAGGUGUACCCCAUCCACACGGGUAACUGGUGGGCGGCCAGCCCCAACCACUGGAACUUCCGCGCCGCUAGCAAGGCCGUCGAAAGAGUGUGGGGUGUGCAACCGGAUUUCACGCGCGAGGGUGGCAGUAUCCCUAUUACCCUAACAUUUGAGCAAUCCACGGGCAAGAACGUGCUGCUACUACCUAUGGGCAGCUCCACGGAUGGCGCGCACUCGAUUAACGAGAAGCUGGACAAGAAGAACUACAUCGAGGGCAUCAAGCUGCUAGGUGCGUACCUGCACUACGUUGCGGAGGAGCCUCAGCAGUAAGUAUCGAGUUUUGGACCAGGUAAGGUUCCUAAGUGUAGAGUAGUAGCUACGACGUGACGCGUAAUAAGACGCGAUGAAUAAGAGAUGAUACCAUGAUGAAGAAAUACGAGACGGGAACAAUUAAAGUGAAGUGAAAUAGGGGGCAGAGUGUUGAAUGAAUCGUGAUUCUACAUGUGGGUGAGUAUCCUUCCCCUAGAUUACCUAUAUAUAAGUAAGUAAUAAAAUGAUGUAAAACUCAA